UGGAGGCUGCAGAGUGAGACUGACUGAGCGCCGAGCGAGCAGCUGAAAGCGGCUGGGCUGAGGCGGCCGGAUAACGGGCCAGAAGACACUUCACCACAGGAGUGACAUCCUAGAGACUGUGGUCCUAGUUAAUCCUGCUGAAGACACAGUCGCCUCUGAGGUUCACUCACUCGUGACAGACUCAUCCCGCCAGAAGCUCUUGAUUCUCUGCGGACAAACUUCCGACCAAGGAGGAGACCUCAUUCUGCAAAGCGGAACCUAUUCUUUUCAAAGAUUCAUUGAGACUUUUGCAGACCCUGAGGUCACAGAACUACUGAGCAGUACAGACCUCAACACCAAGUCCUGCAUUACUAUCUGCCACUCUGGAGAAGGAGACUGGAGCAACCUAGAACAGCACAACCUGCAGGGGUUCAUCAGCAUUAAACUGAACCCGGCACCCAUGCUCCCAGAGAUGGAUGGCGUCUCUGAGUUUACAGAGUACCUCACAGAAUCCGUUGAGGUUCCGUCGCCCUUUGACCUGCUAGAACCUCCGACCUCGGGGGGCUUCCUCAAACUGUCCAAACCAUGCUGCUACAUCUUCCCUGGCGGAAGAGGGGACUCGGCACUUUUUGCCGUGAACGGUUUCAACAUCCUCGUGGAUGGAGGAUCCGAGAGGAAGUCUUGCUUCUGGAAGCUGGUCCGUCACUUGGACAGGAUUGACUCCAUAUUGUUGACACACAUAGGCGCGGAUAAUUUACCUGGAAUUAACGGGCUGCUUCAGAGAAAGAUUGCCGAACAGGAUGAGGAGCAAUCACAAGGAUCCACCACGUACAGUGACUGGAUCAAGAACCUUAUCUCCCCUGAGUUGGGAGUUGUAUUUUUCAACGUUCCUGAUAAGCUAAAGAUGCACGAGUCCUCUAUGAAGGUUAAGAGGAGCAUUGAAGAAGCCUGCUUAACAUUACAGUACUUAACCAAACUGGGAGUCAAACCAGAACCUCUCAACAGAGUUGUUGGUGCUACAAUUGACCCUAUCCCAUUGUUCCACAAAAUGGGAGUUGGGAGAUUAGACAUGUACAUUCUCAACCCUGUGAAAGACAGCAAAGAAAUGCAGUUCCUGAUGCAAAAGUGGGCAGGUAACAGCAAAGCAAAGACAGGCAUCAUUCUACCAAAUGGCAAAGAAGGUGAAAUUUCAGUCCCUUAUCUCACGUCCAUCACAGCUUUAGUUGUGUGGCAUCCUGCCAACCCUACAGAGAAAAUAGUCCGGGUCUUGUUCCCAGGCAAUGCGCCACAGAACAAAAUCCUGGAAGGACUGGAGAAAUUGAAACACCUGGACUUUCUAAAAUACCCCGUUGCCACACAGAAGGAUCUUUCCGCCGGCCUGAUGACCCCGGUUGUGAAACAGACAAAAAUAAGACAAAGGACUGACAGCAAAGAAAGCCUCAAGUCUUCACCAAAGCCUUCAGCUGCCAAAGCAGUGAAGAAGGAGGAUCUGCCUGAGGAGACAGUUACAAAACACACCGAUGUUAAGACUGAAGCAGUGAAGGAAGACAAGUUGGAAAAGAAAGAGGAGAAAAAGGGGAAGAGCGAAGUGGAGAAGGCAGCAACAGAUGUAAUCAAAACAGAAAAGAAAAAGCUAGUCAAGGAGAAAACCCUCAAAAAACACACCAAAGACAAAUUGGCAAAAUCAGAAGAAAAGAAGGACAAAGAGAAAAAAGAGAUCAAAAAGGAGAAGAGGGAAGUAAAGAAGGAAGACACAAAAAAGGAAGAGAAAAAGGAGGUUAAGAAAGAGGAGAAAAAGAAAGAAAAAGAAGCCAAGAAAGAGUCAAAGAAAUCCAUCAAAGUCGACUUGAAACCAUUUACGCCAGAGGUUAGGAAAACCCUACACAAAGCAAAAGGACCAGGGAAGAAAAUAGACUCUGGUAAAACUAAAGUGGCAAAAGAGGCCAUCGUGGAACAAAAGGGAGAGCCCACAGCUCCUGAAACUCUGACCACUGAACAAACUGCUGCUCAGUUACAGGAGGAGAGAUCUAUAAUGUCAUCACCAGAGGAUCUGACCAAGGACUUCGAGCAACUGAAAAAUGAAGAGGCAAUCAAGGCAGAGGCUGUCUGUGCGGAGCCAGCCAAAGAACCUGUCCUCGUAGAAGAAACAACUCCUUUGGAAGGAGAGGCAAUACCUGACACACUUGUGCCCAGCCCUCAGCAGGACAUAAUAAUAACCCCAGUUGUUACCGACACAAAGGCCCCUCUUGAAUCCCCAGAUGAAGGAAUAAACACGACAGAUGUAGAGGGGGAAUCACCACAUGAGGAACAGAUUAUUUGUCAACCCGAACCAACAAUCGAGAGGUUUGAAGAUGAAGGUGCAGGAAUGGAGGAAUCGUUGGAAAUGAGUGAAUUGGAAGAGAAGAUAGUCAGGACAGAGAAGGAUGAAGAGAGCUUAAUUAAGGAUGGAUUAGAAGCUCAACUUGAUGAAGAGGAAGACUUCCUUGCUAAAAAGCUAGAAAAAGAGGCUGAGAGGAAGGAUGAAAUGGAAGAAAUGGAAAAAUGUGAAAGGUACAUUGAAACAAUGGGUACAAGGGACCAGGCAGAAGAAAGUGAUGGGGAAGAGGUGGUAGAGAAAGCAGAACUGGAAGAAACGGCAGAAGGUGCAGACGAAGAUAAAAAAAUAAAAAUCAAGGAGAAAGAAGCACUUCAUGACGAACUUAAAAGUAAACAGCAAGCCAGAGAAAAACCAGCCCAAGAUAUUAAACUUGAACCUUCUCCAGCACACAAAACAGAAUUCCCAACAGUAACAGACAAAGGGGCUAAGAUUAAAGAAGAGACAACAACAGCAGCCCAGCCAACUACACAAGGUGCUGUGGGUGAAGCAAUUUCAUACAUUCAGGAUGAAACUAUUCCUGGCUAUUCUGAGACUGAACAAACCAUUUCUGAUGAGGAGAUUCAUGAUGAGCAAGAAGAUCAAAUGUCUCACCUAAAAUAUGAAGUGGACACUUACGACAUCUCUGUGCCAGACGAUACGAGGUCGUUUGACACAGUCCAUGGAAUGAAAGAGAUCAAGGCUAUGUCAGUUGCUGAGAUUGGGAGCAAGGGCUUCGCGAGAGAGGAGCCUAUAGUUGUCGUUUACCCCUCGGAGAUAGUUGCUGCCCCUCUUGCUGAGGAGGAGCACAUCUCAUCAGCAGCUUCCAUCACCGAGUGCGACAAGCUCUCUUCCUUUGCUACAUCGGUAGCAGAGGACCAGUCAGUGGCAUCAGUAACAGCACCUCAGACUGAAGAUACUGGGAAGAGUUCACUGUUAUUGGACACAGUCAAUAGCAUGGCUUCCUCCAGAACUGAAGCCACUCAAGGCAGGGAUUAUGUUCCAUCUGCUGGCACGAUAUCGCCGACUUCCUCACUGGAGGAGGACAAGUGCUUUAAAUCUCCACCUUCUGAAGACUUCCACCCUGUUGCUGAGGUUACUGCCAAAAUGGAGGAAGAGGAGGAGGAGGAAGAGGAAGAAGACCAGACACCAAAUGUAGAGGUGGCAAUGAAACUAAAAGCCCAAUAUUCUGCAAUGUUUCCAGAAAAGAUCGUGCCAGCUCCCUACUUAGCGAGCGAAUAUAUUACUGAUAGCCAAAGUGCUGACUUCCUGAGCACUGAUCAUAAACCUAAGCCUUCCUUACAUUUUGAUGCCGAUUUGCCGGAAAGCGAUGACAAAUGCAUCAGUCCAGAUGAUAGUACAGUAAAAAUGGCCUCACCAACUCAGUCAGGACCCACCAGCGCUGGACAUACACCGUUCCAUCAGUCACCUGUUGAGGAAAGAACUGAUUCUGUUGAGGCGGAACUAACAGAACAGGUUGCAGACACAUCCUUGUACACUGAGGAACCAGCUGAAAGCGAAGACACAAUGCUACCUAGUUCACAGCAGAGUCCUCUCCGUGACCUGCCGUUGAAACCUGAGUUAUUCAAAGAAUCUUUCCUGCCUUACUCACCCAUUGUUCUGGACUCAGAAGCCUAUGAACCUGAACUGACAUCAAAAGAGAAAAUGGUUCACGAGCAGGAACUGCGAGCAACAGAGAAAAUGGAAAAAGAUGCACACGAGACUGAAUAUGCACCGACUGAGAAACUGGAGAGAGAUGUUCAGGAGAGGAAACCUACCAGCAACAAACUGAUGGAAGCAGAAAUGAAGCCUGCAGAUACUGGAACGUUUGAACUGGAAUUCCCCGAGAAAAAGAUGGAUGUUGAAAAAGAUCAAGUGACAAAACCUGCCAUUGAGCAACAGGGGAAAACUGGGAUCCCAGAGUCUAAACCUGCAGAUACUACAACAAUGGUAUCAGAAAUUAUUGAGCAGAAACCUGUAACCAUUGAAAAGUUGGAAAAAGAGGAUGUCAAGAAGAAAUCUACUGAGACUAAAAAGGUGACAACAGAGGCUUCAGAAAAGCAACUUUCAGAUUCGGAUAUUUCGGAAAGCCUGGAGCAAGAAGAAGUGUCUGUCGAUGUUGGAAGGCUGGUAAAAGAAGGCUUGGAAAAGGAACCCAGAGAAGUUGGAAAAAUUGAACAUGAGGUACCGGACAAAAAAUCUACUGAUGUCGGAAAAACGGAAAAAGAGGAUUUGGAAAAGAAACCCGGAGAUGUCGGAAAAACGGAAAAAGAGGAUUUGGAAAAGAAACCCGGAGAUGUCGGAAAAACGGAAAAAGAGGAUUUAGAAAAGAAACCCGGAGAUGUUGGAAAAACUGAAAAAGAGGAUUUGGAAAAGAAACCAGGAGAUGUCGGAAAAACGGAAAAAGAGGAUUUGGAAAAGAAACCUGGAGAUGUCAGAAAAACAGAAAAAGAGGAUUUGGAAAAGAAACCUGGAGAUGUCGGAAAAACGGAAAAAGAGGAUUUGGAAAAGAAACCUGGAGAUGUCGGAAAAACAGAAAAAGAGGAUUUGGAAAAGAAACCCGGAGAUGUCGGAAAAAUGGAAAAAGAGGAUUUGGAAAAGAAACCAGGAGAUGUCGGAAAAAUGGAAAAAGAGGAUUUGGAAAAGAAACUUGGAGAUGUCGGAAAAACAGAAAAAGAGGAUUUGGAAAAGAAACCAGGAGAUGUCGGAAAAAUGGAGAAAGAGGAUUUGGAAAAGAAACCUGCAGAUGUCGGAAAAAUGGAGAAAGAGGAUUUGGAAAAGAAACCUGCAGAUGUCGGAAAAACGGAAAAAGAGGAUUUGGAAAAGAAACCUGCAGAUGUCGGAAAAAUGGAGAAAGAGGAUUUGGAAAAGAAACCUGCAGAUGUCGGAAAAACGGAAAAAGAGGAUUUGGAAAAGAAACCCGGAGAUGUUGGAAAAAUGGAAAAAGAGGAUUUGGAAAAGAAACCUGGAGAUGUCGGAAAAAUGGAGAAAGAGGAUUUGGAAAAGAAACCUGCAGAUGUCGGAAAAACGGAAAAAGAGGAUUUGGAAAAGAAACCUGCAGAUGUCGGAAAAAUGGAGAAAGAGGAUUUGGAAAAGAAACCUGGAGAUGUCGGAAAAAUGGAGAAAGAGGAUUUGGAAAAGAAAGUUAGAGAUGUUGGAAAAAUGGAAAAAGAGGAUUUGGAAAAGAAACCUGGAGAUGUCGGAAAAAUGGAAAAAGAGGAUUUGGAAAAGAAACCCGGAGAUGUUGGAAAAAUGGAGAAAGAGGAUUUGGAAAAGAAACCCGGAGAUGUUGGAAAAAUGGAAAAAGAGGAUUUGGAAAAGAAACCCGGAGAUGUUGGAAAAAUGGAAAAAGAGGAUUUGGAAAAGAAACCUGGAGAUGUUGGAAAAAUGGAAAAAGAGGAUUUAGAAAAGAAACCUGGAGAUGUCGGAAAAAUGGAAAAAGAGGAUUUGGAAAAGAAACCUAGCGAUGUCGGAAAAAUGGAAAAAGAGGAUUUGGAAAAGAAACCUGGAGAUGUCGGAAAAAUGGAAAAAGAGGAUUUGGAAAAGAAACCUAGCGAUGUCGGAAAAAUGGAAAAAGAGGAUUUGGAAAAGAAACCUGGAGAUGUUGGAAAAAUGGAGAAAGAGGAUUUGGAAAAGAAAGUUGGAGAUGUCGGAAAAAUGGAGAAAGAGGAUUUGGAAAAGAAACCCGGAGAUGUCGGAAAAACAGAAAAAAAGGAUUUGGAAAAGGGCACUAUCAAUGCUGAACAGAUGACAAAAGAGGAAAUCAAACAGGACUCAACAUACAUUGAAAAGGUGUGGAACGAGGAUCUAAAGAAUAAAUUAGAAAAGUUGGACUUGGAGAAGAAGGCAGAGGAUGUUGAAAAGAUGGACAAGGAGGUGCCAGAGAAGAAAACUCCAGAUGCCAUUAAGAUGGAAAAAGAGAUCACGGGAACAAAACUUACAGAUAAAGAAAAAUUGGGAAAAGAUGUUUUAGAUAGUGAACUUAUAACACCCAGGAAGGCAGAGCAAGAGAAGAAACAGGCAGAUAUUGAAAAGAUGGAAAAGUGGAUGUUAGAAAAGGAAGACACAACAGAAAAAGUAGAUCAAGACACCCAACAAAAGAAAGAAGGACUUGAAAAAGAGAAACCAACAACAGAAGAACUUCCCAAAGAUAUCCCAGGGAAGGGCUGCACAACAACGGAAGAUCUGCAAGGAGAGAGUUUCAAAUUUGAAUAUUCCCCAAUUGACGCAGCCACAAAGUACAUUACUGAGACGCAAGGUGUACUAAAAGAUAAAGGAGAAAGGGUAGGCGAGGCUGCCUAUUCAUCAGAAGAGAAAGAUCUCCCUGUGUUUGUGGAUGGCAAGGCAAUGCUGGAGAGUGAACUACCACCAACCACAGAAAAGUUACUAACACCAAAAACUGAGGGAGAGCUUUCUGUAAAGCCACCUAUCCCUAUGGAUAUUUCACCUACAGAUCAUCAAAGUAUUCUUGCAGACAAAAUCAAACCAGUCGAAGUAAAAGAAAAUUUUUUAAUGCAGUCCAAGCCUCAAGAUGAACCUGCAACAGAGCAUGGUUUACCCAAAAGUGCAAUGAUGUUUGACAGUCAGGUAAAGCACAAAGUUGAAUGUAUCCAUACUGCAGAAGAGCAGGUAACAGAGGCUCCUGCAAAACCAGAUAUAUGGGAAACACAUGCUGGACUCACAAGCCUGAAAGCGGAGGAAGUGUCCCCUGACCUUGGUAGCCAUUCUCUGAGCAAAACCGAACAAAUCAGCGUGUACACACAGCCUGCAACCGAAUCCAGCAAAUGGGAUCCGCCUUCCUAUGAAUCUCAAUAUUACUUGGAAAAAGAUGCCGACAUUACAUCUCAGAAAUCCUCUCCAGAGGAUCCUUCAACAGAGGCAUUUCAGCUGAAGGAUUCACCUACUGGAAAGAAGGAGGAGAAAGAGACUGUAAGUGAACACAAGUACUCUUCCUAUCAAGAUGACAAGAAGGAAUCUUCCAGUGGGUUUGAUUACUCUUGGACUAUUGGAAAAGAAAGCAGACAAACUCCAUUUGACUAUGCCAGUGUGCUUGAAAAGGAGGAUAUAUCUCCGGAGCUGAAGCCUUUAGCCACAUUCCCUCAAGAGCCUGAAUACUCACGGGCAGCCACAGGGGACCAAGUCUCUGCUGCUUCCUCCACAGUAGGAGCUGCGCAAGAAACUUUCAAAGAUUCAACUGGGGAAAGCUUAGCAAAAGAAGCAAAGCAGCUGGACAGUCUGACUGGUGAAGCUGUGUUUAAAGAAGAGGGCAAACCUUUGCAGCAAGAGGAUGUGUAUCCUCCACCAGGUGGCUAUGAGUACGCUGAUAUAUUGAGAGCCAGUGACACCCUAACUUAUAGUAAAGGCUCUGCUCCUGAUGAACAAGUAUGUGCUUUCAGCCAAUCAACGCAUUCCCCUGCUGAAGAAUUAGACGGUACCGUGACUCUGUUAGAUUACCAUUCUGCCAGCCAAAAAGAAUCAAAAGUGACCAGUCCCAGACCUUCCACAGAAGAGGACUUCCCACCUGCAGCGAAAGAAACCUCUUCAGCAGAGGGCCCAGAUGUUGGGAAGAAAGCCUUCAGCUAUGCAGAAAUAGAUGAGAAGGUAACUGCCCUUGGGCUUGAGAACCUGGCAAAGUCACACAAGGAAACCGAGCCAAAAGGCUUUGAUUACCUGUCGCAAGAGCAAGAGGUGCCAUUUGAAAUGGUCAGGGAGGCCGGGCAGACAGGAAAAGAGUCCACGCUGCACAAGUCCCCGGUAGAAAAAGAACCAUCAUUUUGUAGCUUACCGCCAAAAGAACCAUCACCUACACCGUACAUCCCGCCUGCAGGAGGUGAAAUGAAAGCAGGAGGGACAGUUCAAUAUGCGGAAGUUCCAGAAGCACAUGGACCUCCCCCUCCAAUGCUGAAAGAAGCCCCAUUGAUCGCUUCCGGGUCUGAGGUGAAGCAAAAGGACGCAGAACUCUGUGAAAUGACAGUCGAGGCUGGUAAGGACAGAGAAAAGAAAGCAGACUCUCCCCUUGCUGCCUCACCUGAAGAAAGGGAGACAUCAGCUCCAGGCAUCACCGCAUUAAAAGAAAGUUCUUCACCUUCACUACUGUACACAGAAAUACCACAUUUAGACACCAGUGUGUCUGGAAGCAGCCUGGAGUACACACCAGUGAGGAGGAAGGAACCAGAUUCAAACGUCCUUGGGUAUUAUGAGAAGGAAGUUGAUGAGAGCAGCAGUGACUCGGAGUUAGAGAAGGGUGCCAAGGAAAAAUCUGAGAAAGAAUCUCCACCAGGCAAACCUGACCAAGAAAAAGGACUGAGCCACUCGUACUCGGAAAUGCAGGAAAUAGAUAGAAAAGCUGUCUCUCCCAAUGCUGGCCAGCAACUUUGGGAAGAACAGCAAACAGAGUCGGUGAGUGCAGGAGACAACGCACGAAAGCAAGAGGAUAGCAAGGAGACUGAGAAAGAGCACAGUCUGCCGAAAUCCCAAAAAGAGCAGCUCACCUCUUGCCAUGAAGAAAAGGACGUUUCAUGUAAGAGUGACCUGGCGAGCUUUUCCUACGGGCUUAAAUAUCCUUACACGGAAGACAGGGACACAUUCCACACAAAACACAAAGAACAAGGUGAACCACAAGUGGAAAAGUCCACAUUUGCGGAGUUUGAGUGCAUCAGUAAAAUGGCAAAGCCAUCGUCUGAUGUGGGGAAAGAUCAGGACAAGAUCAAACUCCAGGAGGGACAGGCUGAGGACAAGCAGCAGAGUCCAGGUGUCAUCUCCCAUAGCGAAUAUCAGGAACUAUCUGCAUCUGCCCAUGAGUGUCCACCAGUAUCUGAGCCAGAGCAACGGGCAACCAAAUUCGAACAUUCAUACAUGACAAAGGAAGAAAAACCAUCAAGUGCUCAGUUUGAAUAUUCCUCUUUUACGGAAGAGGGAGUGCUUCCAACCAGUGUUCCAGCUGCGGCAUUUCAAUAUGGCAGUGUUAAGGACGAAUAUUUGGAAGUGUCACCAAAAGGUGGAUCUCAAACAUCACCUCUGAGUCCCUUCCAGGAAACCAAACCAUUCCUGCCGCUAAUUCCAACAGACCCGAAAAGUGAAAGCCUAUUAAAGGAUGCAUCACCUGCAGAGGAAGUUUCAGCAGGUACCUGCACCUCAACCCAUUCCCAACCUGAGGACAAAUAUUCCCAGCUGUCGUCCUCAUCUUCCUGCACACAAUCGCUGUCCCCGGGAGCUCUCGACAAAGCCAAAGGAAGAAGUUUAGACGAGGUUUCUGCACUGGUUCCAGCGGACGAGGCUGUAUCCCAGUCUCCCGAGGCUGAGGGUCUGUCAGUACCCCCUGUUGAGCUCAGUUCUGCGUACUUGUGCGACAUCGAAGACUCCACCUUGUCCUGCAGAGUGGAAUGCCAAAGGUCAGCCCCCUCACCUUCCGUGGCCGAAACCAAAGUGGUGAAGGAAGCGGCACCUUCAGAAGCAGGGACACCGUUGCAGGUGGCAGCAGUAACUACAAUGGCUGAAACGCUGAGUCUGUUUCCUCCCCCUCUUCCUGCUCAAGAGGAACCAGCCACCACCAAUGGACCUACAGAAAUGAGCUUCAGCCCCUUGCUGACGCAAAGAACCCCGGAGAAAGAGAGAGACACCUUUAGCACUUCGGAACUAACCGAUGACAAAAGCAGCCCCAGCUCUGAGCACGACAAAUCCUACACUGAAGAGGACACUGAGUGUUUAGUCCGUCCGUCUUCUCUGACAGCAGCUGACCAGACCCUCAGGCCAUUCUUGCCGGAUACCCAGAGAGGCAGGUUGGCCGGCGACCAGGGAGAUGCCACCCACGAUUGGGAGGGGUGUCCAGGUGCCACGUCUGACUAUAAGCUGACCUUUACUUCGAGCGAGUACAAACACCAAAAGGACGAACUCUCGCCCUCUUUCAUCAACCCCAGUCCCCACGAGCUGUCGGACGAAGACGAUGACGAUGGCCAUUCCCAAGACGAUGUUCGCACCUCUGUCCAGAAGCACUGUGCCCCGCAGCCCAGCGGCAGUCACCCCCACCAAAACGUGGGCGAGGAAACCCCCCCUACGUCCGGCAGUGAAUCGUUCCCCUUGAACUCAGACUCGGAUGUACCUCCAGAAACAGAGGAAUGCCCAUCAAUUACUGCCGAUGCAGCCAUAGACUCAGAUGAGGACGCGGAUUACCUCCCUGUUGACAAAACCACCGGGAUCGCCCAUCAUGCGUCUUCACGCCCAGGCCACGACCCACCCCCUGCUCCCAUGGUGGACCCACACCCACACCCUCCGCAGCCCGAUGUCUGCAUGGUCGAUCCCGAGGUCCUUGCCAAUGAGCAGAACAUCAGCAAAGCGGAGAAGCUGAUGAAGAAGGACUUGAAGGACAAAGUUAAAAGCACGAAGAAAAUGCUAAAUAAAUCCAAGUCGGCAUCUCCCGGGCGAAAGGCUGAUUCCAAGGGGAAACACCCAGCGAUGCCCGCGAAACCAUCAUCACCUAAAGAAUCAACGGAAAAAUCUCCAAAAGCAGCUUCUAUGAAGAAGAAGGAGAAAGAUGCAGCAGAUAAACAGAGAGCCUCCAGAGCCAGCGACGUUCAUUCAUCCCGACUGGAUGACCGGGACGACAUCUCCAGGUCGAGUCAACCUAGCAUGGGGAAAGGCAUGGUUAAUGGAGUCAAGUCUAAUUCAGCUUCCGUCAAUACAAAGACCAGUUCUGGAGUACCACCAGGUCCCCCAGUGUACGUGGACCUGGCAUAUAUUCCCAACCACUGCAGCGGGAAGAACGUCGAUCUGGAAUUCUUCAAGCGUGUCCGAUCCUCCUAUUACGUGGUGAGUGGGAACGACCCUGGAAGCGGGGAGCCAAGCCGGGCCGUGUUGGAUGCUCUUUUGGAAGGAAAGGCACAAUGGGGCAAUAACCUUCAGGUAACGCUAAUACCAACCCAUGAUACAGAAGUCACGCGAGAGUGGUACCAACAGACCCACGAGCGGCAGCAAGAGCUGAACAUCAUGGUGUUGGCCAGCAGCAGUACAGUCGUGAUGCAGGAUGAGUCAUUCCCAGCGUGCAAGAUUGAGUUCUGAGCUGAACCACCUCCAGUCAUCCUGCUUACCAGCCUGAUGGAGAAACCCUGCUUUGUCAUUCCAUUCUAUCUUCCUAAACUAAUUAUUUUUCAGUUUCGUUAAAAAGCGCAUUUAAGGCUAGAUUUACAGCUUUACUGUUAAGAAAAGGAAACAAAAUGAGUGCAUUGACCUCCAUGAGAAGGGGACUAAUCUGGAGACUGAUUUUCUAUUAGGGGAAGCCUUUUACUUAUGGAUCAUCCCAUAUAUGUUGCUGCUUCUGCAUAUUGAAGAUUGGAGUUGGGACACUAUUGGAAUACUUGGUUUAUUCCAUGCUUAUUGCAUAGUUUUAUAGAAUUGGGAGGUGUCUGGUUAACUUGAAAUCAUUACAGGGUUUUGCCUCGUGAACAAUGUCUAGAUUGAUGAUUCAGUUAGUUGGUUCAGGGACUAAGAUGGUUUUGAGGCUUCGUAUUUGGGGAACUUAAUGUUAGAGUACGUUUUGUUUAAAAACUAAAGCUUCACAUUCUAAGCUCAAACGAAAAUAUACCUUUCAUUUCCAGCAGUAUCCACACUGUACUCUGACCUCAACUUCAGUCAGUCCAAAGUUAGGUAAUGAAACUGCUCAAGGCAGGGUAGAGUUGGAAGAGGGGGCAAGUUAGAUGUGCUUUGUCUGACUCUCUGCUCUGUGAAUCAGUAGUCGCAGCAGGAAGCUACCCCAGUAUUGGCAGGACAAGCUGCGACAGGUCUGAACUGGGUAGUAGAUGCAAAAGGUCAUACGAGAGAGUGGCACCAUCUGAUGCAAGGAGUUGGAUUGAAGCUUAAGCUGUGAGACAAAGAUCAUAUGUUACUGGACGCUGCGAUCCAGUUAAGAGGUGGAUAUUGAAUGUGCCAUUUCCUGGUAUUGUCAGUCGUCUGGUAACAAACUUCAGUUAAAUUAUUUUUCUGUCCGUUGUCCAAAAUUCUCUUAAAGCAGGGAUUGAUGAACAUGUUUGAGAUGAUCCAUGCAGGGAUGCUUCCUUGUGAGUGCGGAACCCUGUCAGGCGAGAGGCGUGUGUCGAACGAUCAGACGCCUUGAGCGUUUGCUGUGGAUUACAACGUAAACUGUGAACAAGACAUAUGAGCAAUAGAUAUCCAUUAUAUUUAAAGAGACAGCAUCCUUUUUGUACCAGUCAAUGUAAACUGGACAUCAAAACUAUCCCUGCACAAAAUACAAACCUUGGAAUUAAGACCAAUUCACUUUAUUUACAGCUGUAACAUAUUUAAAUGGUUUGAGUUGUGUAAAGAAGUUGUGAUGUUGAAACUGAGAAGUUAACUUAAAGGAAUUUUGGUUUAAGUGUUAAACAUAGCCUAUCAAAGCUAACAAAAGGGGAACUGUCUCUUUAAGAAGGCAAUAUCUGGUUUAAAUAGCAUUUCUUAAAGUUAUCCAUCUUUGAGCGCACACUUCAGUGGGUAUAUUCUGAUUGCACUGUACCGGUGUGUCUUGGACAUGCUCGUGAUGAUUCCUGAGGGUGUGUGUUUACAAUCGGGAAUCUUCACUGUAAGAGAUCUGUCAAAUGCAUUUGAAGCUUGCUGUAGUAAAGCAGAACAUGCCACUGAUGGAACAUAGUGUGUGCUUUACCUAAUCAGGAAAUAGAAGUGUAUAAAACGGUGACCUACAUCAUCGUGUUCUAUGGUGCAGAGGGAUCACUGUAAUAGUAACAUAAUGAUGUAACACACAUCAUGUACUACAUUCCAGCGACCUCCCUGUUUAACCAUCAAUUAAAGUUUUACCAUGGUUUUUCAUGGGACAAUUGUGUUUCUUUUACAAAUGGAGAAUCAUGAUGUAUUGAUAUUCACAAUGUUGCUUUGAGCACAGUGUUAAGGUCUUACUGGAUCUUCCCCUUCCUGGCAAUGGUCAUGAACUAAGUGACAUAGACAGAUGAUUAGACCACUGCAUGUUGUGUGAUAUCAGGAUAUUGUGACAUUACAACUCCCCCUUUCAAGUAUCAGGAUAUAAUGAGAAGGGGGUAAAGUUGGAUAUUGCCUUUUUAACAAACCAAAGGAAGUGUGAGUAGCCUCUAUUAAGCUUAAAUAUCAGGUGUGAUUGCCUUAGACAUUAGGAUGAAUGUAGCUAAUUAAUGCACUACUGCUGCAGCAAUGCAGAGCUGGGACUGGCUGUGUUGUUUUGUGUUGCCAAUUUACUGCGCUCUGUUCAUGGGCAUGUUUUGCGUAAUGUGCUCUCAUUGAGAUUCACUGUCGAUUUCAAGGUCGUUUAUUUUAUUUUUGUCCUUUCUUUGAAUUCCCACAAGAGGUUCAAUCUGAUGGUGUGGGGACCAAAGUGAAAGCAAACUUGGAUUUAAGGGGAAAUAAUUUUGCGAUAAGACUGAGCAAUGAAGGGGAAAGACUCCCUGGGGAAAGUUGGACAGGUCAUUGGUAGAUUCACAGCUAUAUAUACUCUCUGUGUAGGUGUUCAUUUUCCCGAGCAUGUCCUUGCAACUGUUUUUGGUCAAACUUGUUUUCCUCCAUAAUCAUCGGCACUUUGCUGUGGGACUUUUCCUGUUGCCUUCCAGCUAUAAUCAGUUCUAUAACUGCUAACAUGUAGUGGUUAAUUCUACCUAGUACUGUGUUUCUUGCACAGCACAUUAGUCAGUUACACAGGGCUGAUUCACCGCUGGAUAUGUCUGUUGUCAUAACGACUGAUGUACGACAUGAUACAGGCAAUAGAAGCCGUUUGAUGCAGCAGUAUCACUUUAAGCUAAUAAUUAUGCACAAUUCCCAUCAAUUGAAGGAAAAAAGCAAACAGACACGCCAGAUUGUUCAAUCGUAUGGUGGGGACCUUCCAAUUAUUCCAACCUAAUUUAACAGCAUUUGGUGGGGGGUGGAGGAGGACUGUGAACACACUGGGGUGUGUUUGUGAGAGUUUCCCUGACAACAUAUAGGCUAAUAAAUUCAAAGGUAGACCUCACAGAAAGAGAAAACUGCAGAAAAGCCAAAUUCAAAGAGGAAGAGACAAGCAAGGGUUGUGAUUAAAAAUAGAAACAAAAUGCUGGAAAUGCACAGCAGGUCUGGCAGCAUCUGUGGAUAGAGAGACACAGUGUUUUGAGUCAAUUGUGACUCCUUUUCAAAACCGAGUUUCUUGCACUGUAUAUUUAUUGGUCAGUUACACAGUACGUUAGUGACAUUUCAGACUGAUUCACCGCUGGAUACAUCUGACGAAGAAUCAUAUUCAAGUCGAAACAUUAACUCUGUUUCUCUCCCCACAGAUGCUGUGAAACCUGCUGAGUAUUUCCCGCAUUUUCGGUUUAUAGUUCAGAUUUCCAGCAUCCACAGUAUUUUGCUUUUUUUUUUAAGGGUUGUGAUAAACUGCACCGCCUGUUCAUUGACGGAGAGGGGGAAUCACAGCAAUGUGGCAAUUUGUUAGUCGUGGCACAAUAUCUGUGCUCAUGAUCUGUGUAUAGCAGAGGGAGAUGUAGCGUACCUGAGUCAUUCCCUAUGUGUGUGUGUGUGUGUGUGUGUGUGUGUGUAUAUGUUGGAAGUUGGUUGACUUGUAUGUAUAGCGUGUGUGUGUAUCUGUAUAUAAUAAAUGUACUUGCAUCUAGGCAGUUUAAUAGGAUGAUAAUAGAAUAUCCUAAGCAUCCUAUCUCAAGGCAUGUAGAUUUGCACAGGUGAGGGUCUUUAACACAGUAUAUGACAUCUGUAGUUUCUCCUGUGUUGGGUCAGUGUAUGAUGUAUGCAUAUAGGUGAGAUGUGCAUAUUGGGUUCAUGGUACUUGGUAUUGGAUCUUUCCAACACCAGAUCAGUGUUUGAGACGUGAAACCCACAGAUUGAACAGUUUAAUUUUUGCUGUGGAGUGUACUCCAGUCAUUCUUUUAAAAUCAUUGUUGCCAUGCAAAUUGAGUGAGAUAUUUAGAGUAGCACAAGAAGUAUGUAAAGUCUGUUUUGAUCAGAUACUUGUUAAUCUCGUUAGAGCAUUAAGCAAGUUGCACAGUUUUAAGAGGCGUGUGAUAGAGUGGAAAGAAAAGCAACCAAGAUGUGCAUUUGAUGCCAGUGAGUUGGCACUUCUCCAGUUAACAGAUUCUCCACUUAAAACAGCAGCAUUGACAUUGAAAUAAACGACAGAUUCUGGAAUAGACACAAGGUGACUUUCCAUAGUGGGUUGCACCAUAUCACCAGGAAUAUAGAGGACCUAUCCUGUAAAGGACACUCCCCAACAUCUCAAUUGUAGUGUUCGCUGACUCAAAGGAGGGAAUCAAUUACCUCUUGCACUGCUCCCUCCUGAUUGCCAAUUGCCCAGUUCUGGGAUACUUUAAUCUGCUGUCUCCCUUCCCAUCGCCCCAUAUAUUUAGACUUCAUGUGAGCGUGGGAAAGGGCAGAUUAGAAAAAAGAUACAUAAAGGGAAUAUCGUUAGUGUAGGCAUGUUUGUAAACUACUAGAAACAAAAAAAAAGUUGUUUUUCUUUCAAUAUAAGUUUACUUUGUGGUUUUAAGACCCACUCCUCAAAAGGACUGGACCAGCACUUUUUGCAUUAGUUAGUGAGCAUCAACAGUUAGGCUAUAGGAAACUUAACUGAAGUUCAGAAUCCAGUCUCAUAAAGCUUAAUUUAUAAUUUAUUUGUUUUGUAGAUUAUAUCAGUGUUUUAUAUAGAUUUAUAGUUUGUUAAUUUAUAAGCACAACUCUAACCAGUAUUGUAGCUGUAAGAUGACAUGUUUACAUAGAGAAUUCAUUUGCACUCCAUUUAUAGAGGCUGUGCCUUUCAUCUGGGCUCCCUUGUUUCUUCUGUAUUGCGAAAGUCUAAGAGACAAUGGAACAACUCCCUCUCGUUUUUAUUUGAGAAGUCAUUUUUUUUAGGAAAGAGUUAAACUUAUUUCUGGUUUAUUGGGAGGUUUUCAGGAAAUUAUUUUUUUUUUGGGGGGUUUUCUUGGUGAGACCUGUUUUUUUCCCCCACUUGUAAAAGAGUAAUGACUCAAGGUCAGAAAUGUCUCUUUCCAGUCUUGUUCCACUUACAUUCACACAUAAUAUCGAAGCAGAUAUUACACAAGGAAAGACCAUUCAGCCCAUCCUUCCCACUCCUCACGCAGCCCAUGUGCACUCCCCCUAUUACUAAUUCUACUUACCCAUUCACACUUCUCUAUCAUGGACUCGUUCACCUGUAAAUAUCCUGUGGAGAGCUCUGUAUACUCUUAAAGGUAAUGGAACAAAAUUCUACAAUAUUCUUUUCAUUCUCAUAUCUCAACUCUUCAGUCCUGAUCUGCACCUUAAAGGAUUUGCCCCAAACCCACCCAUAGAGAAUCCUUGUGCCCUUGAACCAGCUCCGUUUAAAUUCCUUCUUAUAAUGUCCAAUCUGGUUGCCAGACAGCCAUCAAACUCUGUUCUUUACUAAAAUAAGUCUCUUGCCCAUGGGCUAAGUAGAGUUCUGCAGCAUCUCCAUUCUCAAAUCUCCAACAGUCUAUCAAUUGAUGUGUCUUUGCCAUGUCUUAGGAGCUAUCUUCAUACAACCUUGGUCCUCAUUCCCUCAUCUCUGUGAAUAGGGACAGGGUGUGGGGUACAUGUUGAUUCAUGGGGUCUUGUACCAUUUAAGUACAUGUUAUUUCAGUCCUCUAGAUUAAGGUUUUUUCUGAGAUACCCAUACAGCUUUAUACAGUUCUGAUAACCUAAUGGUCACAACAUCAACUUGCGAGGAACGAGAUAAUUCCACUCAAAAUAUUCAGAGGUGGGGGAGAUUAUUUAGUCAUUUCUUUUUGUUUCUAUAACGAAUUUUGGUGAUGGGGAUCAGAGGAGAGGUGGUGGAUUUCUGGAUACUAAUGACAUCAAGGGAUAUGGCUAUAGUGGGGGGAAAUGGCGUAAGAGGUAGGUGUUUGAAUGGUGGAGCAGGCUUGACAAGCCGAAUGGCCUACUCCUGCUCCUAUUUCCUACAAAUUGGGGAAUCACGGACAUAGGUGAAUGGAGAGUUGGGGACUGGAGGUUGAAGAAAGAGCGAGAGACAGGUGUUGGAGAGGCUGGGGAAUGGAUUUUGGAGGAUAGUUGGGGACUGAAGUUCGCAAUAGACAAGACCAGGCUAUGAGGAAAGAACAGGGGAGUGAGACUAAUUUGAUCGCUCUUUCAGAGAGCUGGCUCAGGUAUGAUGGGCUGAAUAGCCUUGUGUGCUGUCGGAUUCUGGGAUUGUUGAAUUCUCUCAAGCUGGUACCCAAAGUUCCAGCCAUCAGAUGGGCACAUAAGCAAGAGCCUGGAGGUAUUUGGAAUAUUGGACUAAAUGCCCAAAUCAAGCGUUUUGUAGAACAGACAGUUUCAGAAUUCAAUUUCUAAAUUUUUGGGGAGUUUAUUAAAAUUCCAAUUUGUUUAAAGGAAUCAAAAAAGAGUACCAACAGCUCUAGAACCUAACAGAAAAAUCCAGAAACAAUUCCAGCACAGACGGUGGCCAGUCUGGAAGUGCAAUGAACACACUCAGAAAAUCCUGUUUCACUCCUUCAUAUUGUGACAUUUUUCUUUCUCCUAUAGGACCAAAUGUUAAAGGGAUACUGGGAAAGAGGUGGAGGAAUGGGGAUCAGAGCAAGGCUGGCAUUAAUUAAUGGGUUCAGUGGCUCCCUCUUCACCAUUCUUAAACUAUUAUCAUAAUUUUGCCCAAUAAACCAGAAAUACUUUUGAGUUUCACUCAGUGUUAGGUUCUUAAUCCAUUUGCCCCUGGUUUGGUUAACAAGGCUUACGCUGCAAAAUCCUGAUCAAUAAAUCAUUACCAAAAAUUUCUGUUCCUACUUCACUCUUGUUGAAUUUAGCUGAAGUUACAUGCCUACCUGAAUGUGGAGGCCAGUAUUAAGAAACAUAGAAAAACUCCAUUGAUGUUCAAAAAGUAUUUUCCCCAUUUCCUGACCCCCUUUGUUUGUGAUGUAGAUGUUGUGGAUGUCACACACACAGUGGUGGACAAUGGCUGCACCAAACCAUAGCUUUUUUACUGGUUUGAAAAAUAUUGAGCGGUUUCAGAGGGCUGCGAGGAGACUGGUGCUGCCUGGAGCUAUUUCACAAAGACUCUUGAGUUGUUUACACAGCAAUAAAUUUAAUGAGCAUUAGACAAGGGAAUUAAGAAGCGGGUUUUUGUGAGUCUUGUAAAAUACACCCAUUGAAUAUCCUCAACUUGGCAUUAGAACAAACCUCUCGUCUGCUGCCAUGUUUUAUUAGGGUCGUUUUACUGUAUUAACCUUAUUCUACGUACAGACAAUGAUCUUAAUUUGGCUUUGCAUUGUAAUGGUUGUUUCGUCUAGUUCCUCUUCAUUAACCAUCUCAGAAUCUUGUACAUUGCUGAUCCGAACACAACCAUCCUAGCAUCCCUCCCAUGCAGAAUGGGAGUGUGAUUUUUUUUUUGACUUUUGAAUGUGUACUCGAACAGUUUUAUCAAAAAGGGACCUACCCAUUCGUCAUUUAUCAACAUGUGCCCUGUCCCAGCUGCUGUGAAAUGCACAUUGUAAUCAAAAUUGUUUUGUGUGGGUGGGGGAAAAUCAAAAUCAAUGUUGAAUAUUCCCUGUUGCUAGAGUUUAUACCACUGAAUUACUUAUAUAAAAAAAACCAUCAAUGUGACUAGGACCCAUACAAUGCUGUUAUAAACUACUGAUCCUUCCUUUAAAAACUCCUCCCAACUAAUGUAGUCUCAACCAGUGAUGAUAUUGUCAGCAGUAAGCUGGUCAAAAUUAGAAUUAGAAAGUCACUCAACUCCUUUUCCUCCCCAAACCAUGCCAAUAAUCUUCAAAGGGUAAUACACUAUUUCUUUAGGGGUGUGGUGGAUCUCACAAUGAAUGUUUCUGAAAGAACUCAACACAUGCUAUCUGCCUCUUACCCAUGUGUUUUCAAGUAUAUAUAUAUAUAUAUAUAUACAUAUAUGAAAAGCUAUUUGACUUUUUAAAUACAAAAACGUGCAUAUAGAAUUUCCAGUCAAUGCCGUCCAUUUCAGCGGAGAUUACAUUUUAAAACGAAACAUACCGAAUAUUUAAAGAAAAAAGAUGUACAGGUGAUUGUAGAAACUGGCACAGGGUUUGUCGUAGGUUAAAGAAUAUUGUUCUCUCUGAUGAUGUUGUUUGUCUUUACUAUCUUUCUAACUGUGAAUAAAUCAACCCUGUAUCCCAUGGGAGAUGUGACCAGGCUAAAUUCAUUCCAUGCCCACUUUUGCUUUUUCCCUGGGAAGUUCAACAGGAAAGUUGUUUUCAUACGUGGGGUCAAAAAAUGUAAUUCAGUUUAGGAAGCAAAAAAUGCCUGUCAAAACUCUGAGAUUUAAUACAAGGAUGAUAUUACAUUCGGGGCACCCCUGCUUAGAAUAGAACAUUGGGAAUUUAAUUAAAACUUUUUAAGGAGAAAAAAACCUCUUGCUUGUUUUUGCAUGUGACAUUUAUUCCUAUGUUAUAUUCCUGUAUGUAAUAGUUUAAAAAAAAACAAAUUUGAAAAAAAGAUAUAAAAAGCAAUUUGUCUUAACUGUAAUCAGAUGGACCUGUAAACAUACUGAAGCUUUUCUCUUUUUUCAGUUUCAUGGUGUAAAAACAAUUCUGUAGUGAUCAUUUCUCUGCGCAAUAUUAAUAUUUAGUUCAGAAUUUGUGUGCAAUAUUCUGUAUCUCUUUAAUCGCGAACUACUGAAAUUGUAAAAGGGAACAGUCUGAUUAUCGCCAAUAAAAUAAUACAUCUAUUAAAA